GAACCAAAUUUUAUUAUGGAUAAAGACUUUAAGACUGAGUCAACUUCCUGUUCUCUUCAAAGUUCUUCAGAACCAUUGUUUUCUAUUCAGAUAUUAGAAUUCAAAACAAGUUUGUUAGAAGCAUUAGAAGAAUUACGCAUGAGAAGGGAAGCAGAAAUUCAGUAUGAAGAGCAGAUUAGGAAGAUAAUUGUAGAAAAACAAGAACUUCAGUGGCAAAAGGAGAAUCUUCAACAUCAAAAAGAAACAUUAACAAAGCAGCAUAAAGAAGCUAUGGCACUUUUUAAAAAACAGUUGCAAACAAGGAUGUGUGCCAUGGAAGAAGAAAAGGGACAAUAUCAACUCGCUUCAGAAAUAAGAAAAGAAAUAGAAGGACUGAAGGAAACGUUGAAAGGAUUACAGAAGAAAAUAAAUGAAAUGGAACAAAAGCUCCAAUUACACCUCUUGGCUAAAGAAGAUCAUCAUAAGCAAUUGAAUGAUAGAAAAUAUUAUUCUACAAUCUCAUGUCAAUUUGGAAUGUAAAAGCGAAGUCAUGAAAAGUUAGAACAGAAUGUACAUGAAGCAAUCCAGUUAAAUAAGAGACUGUCAGAAGCAAAUAAAAACCUAGAAUCUGAAUUGUGUGGCCUUAAGCAAGAACUGAAGAAAGUGACUACAGAUCUGAUAAAAUCCAAGAUCACAUGUCGGUACAAGGCAGAAGGAAAAGAUAUCAAUCUUACAAUAAAGGAACAGCAAUUUCAAGAAUUACAAGAAAAACUCAAAUGGUAUUUAACCAAAAAAGAAAAUGAAGUAAGAAAGAAGGUUAGUGAAAAGGUUACCUACAUUCAAGAAGAAAAACAGGGAAUCAUCAGUUCUUUUGAACAUAUUCAACAAUUACUUCAGCGACAGACUCAAAAUAAUAUCAGAAUGGAGGCAGAUUUAAAAGCCCUGAAAGACAAUAAUCAGACCCUUGAAAGAGAUAAUGAGCUGCAAAGGGAGAAGGUAAAAGAAAAUGAAGAAAAGUUCCUUAAUCUUCAAAAUCAGCACGAGAAAGCACGACGAACUUGGGAAAAACAUGAGAAAAAACUCAUUGAAGAAAUAGAUGGGAUUAAAAAUGAGUUGAUGUCAGUUAAAGAAGCUCAUCUUAAAUUACAAGAAAGCUAUAAUGAGUUAUCUUCUCAGAAGAAUGUAUUUUUUGAGCAAGAUAAUAAGCUUCAGAAUGGUAAAGAAGCAAAGGAAAAAGGAAAUGAAAUUUCAGCAGAGCAAAAACAAUCUAAGUCUAUAGAAAUCACAACCAUACAAAAAUGGAAUCCUCAGCAAGAAAUAACUACAGUAAAUACCAUGAAUUUUUGUUCAAAUAUGGAAUAUAGACAAACAGGAAAAAAUAACCAAGGCCAAGAGAGAAAUCCAGAAGAAUCACCGUUUUUUGGAAACAAUGAGAAAAAAGAGAGCGAUCUUAUUAAAGAAAGAAAAACUGAAGAACUUUCUGAAGAAAAAGUAGUUAAAACUUCCCAAAGCAAAGCUUUCAGUCCAGAUAAAGAUUUACUGUGUCAAGAGCAGAACUGGCAAGUGUGCACUGCUGACUUGAGAAACUCAGAAGCUACACAAACAAGAGACAAGAUGUGCUUAGACAGAGAUUUUGGUUGUGUGGAAUUUCAGACACUGAAUGAUUCUCAUUCAAUGAUAGAAAUAUCAGUGGAAACAGGAAGGAUUCUUCAAGACAGGACUCAAGAGUUCACUCUCCACCGUGUACAUGAGGCUUCAGAAACUGGUCAUGAGAAGUCUGUCAAGGAAAAGCUUUCUGAUAUCAAUCAUGACAUGAGUAAUGGACAGCGUGGUGAAGAUGUUUUGGGGAGUGAAACAUCUAAACAAGAAUCCAGAAUGAGUCUCAGCACUGAAGAAAACUCUGUAAAUAAAGAAAUUUCAAAUAACAGCUUCAAAGAAGCUGAAUUGAAUCCUUCCCUCAUUGCAAAAGAUAAUUCUAUCGAGUGUCCAAAGGAGAGCUCAAGGGAUCUCAGUUGUUGUGUCUCAGAUUAUAAAGAGUGUGAAUCAAACCGAACAUGUCCAUUAUAUAAAAGAGAAUGUGAUGGUCCACAGCGUAAGCAAGCUUGUUCUUAUGUUCAAGAGACUCAUGAUACUUUGGGGGAAAUGGACCUAAAUGGUACCUGUGGUACAAUGAAUAAUAACCCAAUUUCACCCGCUGCCUUAAGUGAUAAUAGGAAAGUGUAUUGUGAGAGUCCCAAAAAACCCUUUCAUAUGAUGCCCAUCUCAGGAAAAGACACCCCAAAGCUGAGUGAAAGAAUUGGUUGGAAAAACUUGAAUGAAAUACAGAGCCAUCUACCCAAACAGGAUGGUUCUAAGCAGGAAGAAGGUGAUGAAAAUGAGACAGUUUGUCUUUUUCAAGUAAACCCUCAGAAUAUACAUGUUUCACAGGCCAAAGAUGUGGAAACUGCUCUUCAAAAGCCUACUAUCAGGAAAACUAGCAAAGGUACAGCAAGUCUUUCAGGUGAAGAGAGUCAGGUGAAUGAUAAUCAGAUAAGUGAUUCCAAGGAUUAUUCCAGGGCAAAAAGUGACCUCUUCCUUAUUAGUAACGUUAAGGCCCAACAGCAUACCUUGUUAAACAAUACAAGAGAGAAAACAGACUCAUUAAGUAACACAGUUUCAGAGAGAAAAUAUAUUGAAGGCCAGCUGGAAGAAUCGUGCUCGUUUCACAAAAAGCCAUCUGGAGAUUUAGUAAACAGAAGUGGAAGGUCAGCCUUUGAUCUUUCAACUUCAGAUAAAGAAACUGAGAAAACUCCAGUAUACUUAAAUUUUUUAGAUCCUCGUCCUUGGUCAAAAGUAAAUCAAGUUGAAAGUCAAACAAUGAACACUUUGGCUUCCAAGGUGCCUUUGUUGCUAAAAGAGAGACUGGUGGGUUCAUCAGAAAACAAAAAGAUUCCUUCAAAGACACUUUGUCAAAAUCUUGGCCUGGAUGCUGUCAUGAAGGAAAUAAGAAUGGAUACUACCAGCAUUAACAGAGUUGCUGACACUUUGACUAACUCAAGUAUCCAGCCAAGUCCCAAGAGAGAUCCCAGGGAAGAGUGGAAUGCGAUUGCAAAGACUUUUUAUGAUUCUUCUUUUCCCACAGAACAUGACAAACCACAACUCCUGAAUGCUGGCCUGCCAUCCAGACCUUUUCAGGCAGCCCAGGGUAAAGAUAGAGCCGAUUUCACUGACUGUUCCUUUGGUGCGGAAGAGGAUGAAUGGCAAUCUCAGGACAUCUUAAUAAAAAAUCAAAUCAGUGAAAUUGAAAAGUUUCUAAAUUUGGAAAAGUCUAAAGAAACCAGAAAAAGAAAAUCUGAGGAGAUGUUAGAGUAAGUAGCUGAAGAAAGCUGA